AUGGAGGACUCUAGCAAUUGUGAGACUGUAGGGACGGUCCUAAAUCAGAUGACAACCGUGCCAAAAUGCGACCUUCAACCACUCAAUAUGGAUUCGUUUUCUUGCUCUGACUGUGAUGUUAGCUCUGAGGUUUCUAUGAAGGAGGGGUGUGGAUCAACUAUGUCAUCAUGGGCUUCCGAUCCCGAAAGUGAUAUCUAUCCUGAUUUGGAAGCUGAAAACCAGUUCGUUGGGGUGGAAAACAAUGAAGAUGGUUUUUUGUGGGAGAUGGACAACAGAAGUUAUGAAGAGUUGCUGAAAAAGUUCAUUGAAAAAGAGGAAGAGUUAAGAGUUUGCAAUUUGAAGCUUCAACUUUCAGAACAAGAGAUUGUAGGGUUGAGAGUUCAAGUUGAGAAUAGUGAGAGUCAGAUUAAGGAUAAGCAUGAGAAGUUGGAGCUGAAAGAGUUUGAAUUGUGUGAACAAAAAGAGAUUUCGGAUAAAGAGAUUUUCGAGUUGAAGACUCGAAUUAGAGAAAGUGAAUGUCAACUUGAUGAUGUGCGCGGAGAAUUAAAUCUGAAAAAGGGCCAGCUUGAUAGUGUGCGCAAAGAAUUAAAUGUUAAAAGUGCUCGGCUUUUUAUGAUGCAGGGAAAAUUGGAUCUGGACUUGAAAAAUGUUCGUCUUGAUCAUGUGCGCGAAUUAAAUCUGAAAAACAGUCAUCUUGAUAAAAUGCGCAAUGAAUUGUUGCUGAAAAAGGAACAGCUUGAUAAUGUCGGUAAAGAGUUGAAGCUUAAAGAGGCGGAGCUGAAUGAGCAAGAGGAGCUUUCGAAAGAAGAGAUUUUCAAGUUGAAGACUCAAAUUAAAGAAAGUGAGAAUCAACUCAAAAAUGUGCGGGAAGAAUUGGAGCUGAAAGCUGAUCAGCUUGAUAAUGUCCACAAAGAAUUGAGUUUGAAAGCUGAGAAGUUGAAUGAAGAAAAGGAGAUUUCGAAAGAAGAGAUUUUCAAGUUGAAGAGUCAAAUUACAGAAAGGGAGCUCCAAAAUGAGGAUAAUGACAUUAACCACAAAGAGGAGCUGAAAAAAAUGAAUUCAACACUGCUUGAAUCUCAGGUUAUGUUCUCUUGGGAAAGAGAAAAGAUGGAUGCUGAUAUUGCAAGAUUGUCAAAACUGAGAAAACAAUUGACCUCUAAACUAGAGGAAUUUGAGACUAGAAACAAGGAGUUAGAAAAAAAAGUAAUGCGACAAGAAGUUGAAAAGUCGAAUCAGAAUAAGCUGCAUUCUGCUCAAGUAAAACUUUUGCAAGAUGAAAUCAGUUGUUUGAAGAGAGAACUUGGUCAAAGAAUGAAUGAUGUAGAAGCUGCAAAUAAGGAAUCAAGAAUGAUCGAAAUAAAAGAAGCUAAUAUCCAGGCCGAUAAGCUUAUGGCUGAGAUAUGCACACGGGGUGAUCAAAUAUCACAUAUGAAGAAGCAUAUAGACGAGCUGAACACAUCGCUGAAGGAGCUCGUGGUUCACUAUAGGACUAAAGUGAAUGAUGAAUAUAAGCUGAUAAUGCGAGUUGAAGAACUUGAAAAAGAGGUGAGUAAACAGAAUGUUGUGAUCUUAGAAAGGGCUGCGGAGAAGAAGGAGGCAAUAUGGAAUGCACUUGAGUCCAAUUGGAGUCGAUGCAGUGAUUUAUUCAAGCGUUAA